UCACGUUGCUCUCUGUGCAGUCCAGUUUCCAAAACAACAGAAAUAUAAGCUUAGUUUUCUCUCGUCAAGCGUCAUUUCAUACACAAGCCUUAACAAGAGAAGGAGUUUGAGGAGAAUUGUUCUCGCUCUCAGUCAUUGCCUGGAUCAGGGCUGUACCGAUGGACUGAAAUCCAACAAAUCGGACCACCAGAGAAGAUCCAACAUGGGCAACAAACGGAAAGCCUCCAGUGAGAUCGACAGAGAUUCAGAUGCCAGCUCAGGAUAUUUUAGUGCUUUGGACCAGACAGAAUUUGAAGACAUAGGACCAACCAGUACUGCAGCACAAAGCAUGCCGGCAGCUCCUCAGGUGUCUUUCAUUCCUGGCUCACAUCCAGGCAUCUCUCCCAUGCUCGUAAUGAACAACCUUGUUCUCAAGCAGCGUAACUCCGUGGCCCCUGCAUUAAAACCUUGGGGCUUAAACACUUCACUAGAUGUGGUUCCUCAGUCCCAGCUGCUUUUCCUACAGCCAGUCAUGCCAGCUGGUGACUGUACCGGCCAAAGCUCUGACAAGCAGAAACAUUCCAGAAAGCAUGUUCCCAUGCAAAACACCUUUCCAAAAAUUGCACAAGGGUCUAUAGUCGACGAGGGUCCCAGUGCUAUCAAUAAGAGGUCAAACCACAGUCAUGCUGGAAGACAUCAACGACGCCGUUAUGAUGAAAAACCUUUCCACACUUCCUCUUUGAAACAGGAUGUGUCCGAGACAUUUAAAGAUUACGAUGUAGACCCCAACAUUGCUUCUUUGGGAGAAAUCGGUCACGCUGUUGAAGACGUAGCUGUGGAAGACUCCUCAUCCAGGCUUUCUGACCUUCAGGAGCCCCACACCACUUCACCAUUCUCACUGUGCACUGACUCCUUCCUCGCUUCAUUCCCUCAAAAGAGUCCCGAAGCUUCAGUCACCCAGAGCAGUGAUGUGGAGAAUAUCCCAGAGGCCCUCUCUCCAAGCUCCAGCAAACGCAAACGCUUCUGCAACACCUAUAACAUUUUGAAUCGGUCAGGCCUGCUGGGUAUCACACUGCGCACAAAGGAACUUAUUCGACAAAAUGAACGUUCCCAGGCCCAGCUUCAGAGUCUGCAGGCUCAGACUGACCUCUUCUUGGAGGCCAUAUGUAGUGGAGAUCCCAAAGUCUGGAUGAGAUUGCAGCUUAUCCUCCAGAACUCUGGAAACAGCGACUCACUGGUGGACUCUGUAAGGGGUGCAGAGCAGGAUAUCACAGAUGUGGGUUGUAUGGUGUAGUAGCAGGUUCGGAUUUUAUUAUUUCAGCUGUUGUAUUCUUGCUCCAACCGGCACUUUUCUAAUCAGUCGCUUAGCAAAUUUUCAACAUCUUGUUAUAAUAUCAGUAGGAAACAUCAAAGAUUUGAGUCUUCAAUAGAGUCCAGAGAUCUAGUUAUCACUCCAAGCGUUAGCUAUCCAACAGUAGUCAUCUUUAUCCUUGUGUCAAAAGUAUAUAACGACAGUGUUUAGGUUACAGUUGCACCUUUUUCUAAAUAAAGUGAUAGUGAUUCAGAAUUUAUUAGCAAACUCAAUUUGAAAAGAACGCUAUUAACCGUUCUAGUAUUUCAAUCUAAUUGGUUACUAUUUGGAAAGGAGGCCUUGGUAAACCAGAACCGAAAUUCUGCUCAGAAUCAAACAAAAUGGAAAACAGUUAUUUUCUAAUCACUGUAACUAAAAAAGGCCUUUAACAAAUGAAGAUAUGAGUACUUAAGUAUAAGUGCACAAUCAUUUUUUUUAUUCAGAUGAAAAUGUGAAAUUCAGUAUCAUCCUCGUGAAUAUUUGACAAUUUGUAGAAAUGUGUUUGUAAUAAUAUUGUUUGUACGUGUAUAAUGUGUUUUCAAAUGCAUCUCCAAGUAAAAGUUCUUGUUAUCUAUGAGAAAGACAGAAAGACCAAUGGACGGUAAGAGUAAGGGUAGUAAUAACCGUUUGUUCUGGUCAGAAUGUAUUUGAAGUAGCACUUCAAAUGUGGUUGUUAUUUGUAAUGCUUUGUUGUAUUAUUAAGUGAGUUGUUUACAUUCUUAAUGGAGGUUGUAAUUGUCGUUAGGUCUGGAUGUGAAUGAUUUUUUUUUUUUCGUAGCAAUCUGUUAUACUGCAUGUAUAGACUAAUAAGCUUUGAUGACAGAGGCCAGGUUUAGUGGAGUAAUGAAUGCACUGAAUGAAUGUGAUGGCAUGUACACUGUGCAAGUGUACUUUGCUGUACAAAUGUUCUUUUCUUUUUCUAUUGUUGUUUUCUGGUUUGCAUUUGUAUUUGCUUUCCAAAAAUAUAAACACAUUGUGUUGAUUUAUCAGAACCCGAUACUAAAUGACACAUUUUUGCUGUAGAAAUCUAUGCAAUAGUCUUGUUUAUUUUUAGCAUUGUACUGAAGUGCAGUUUUGUAUUCUGUAGGUGUCGUUUGACUUU